AUGACAUCUAAAGAGGCCAUUUUCCGCUCAGCGGAGAUGUCUUUAGUACAGUUUUAUAUAGCAAGUGAAAUCUCAAGAGACAUUGUAUCUGUCUUGGGGGAUCUCGGAACUGUUCAACUGAGAGAUUUGAACUCAAACGUCAAUACGUUUCAAAGGUCAUUUGUUAAGGAAAUCAGAAAGCUAACGGCAACAGAAGAGCAACUAAACUACUUGGUCUCUCAGAUAUAUCAACAAAAACCUGGAACCAUAAUUCCAGAGUACGAUGGUAUAGGUGCCAUUCAUUCUUCAUCUCUUGGUCAACCUUCGACUGCUUCUUCCUCCGAAGUUGACGAUUUGACUACCAAAGUACAACAGUAUGAGGCCAAUGUUAGAAGGUUAGCAGAGUCUCUAGAGCAAUCCAAACAACAGGAGUUGAGGCUAAUAGAGCACAGACUGGUACUGAAUGGAUCCAGGAAGUUUUUUGGCUCGCAUACGCACAGUUUUGAUAUAGGCAACGAUCCUGAAACUUUAAACAACGUGAGACUUUCCCUGGAUUCCGCUGAUGGAUUAUUGAUGGAAGAAGAGUCUGUCAACAUGGGCCGCAAUCUGACGAUUGAAAGAGACUUCACAAUGAUAUCAACAAUGAACUAUAUUACUGGUACUAUAGACAGUCAACGAUAUCACACGUUAGAAAAAAUUCUAUGGAGAGUAUUAAGAGGUAAUUUGUACCUUAGUUUUGUACCCAUUGAUUCUACUUUUGAUGAUACAAGAAGUGGGCAAAAAGUCAACAAGUACAUAUUUUUGGUGUUUACCCAUGGUGACAAUCUGAUUAACAAGACUAAAAGGAUUGUUGACUCUUUAGGUGGUACAGUUUUCCACGUUGAGAGCAAUUAUGAACUAUUCAAACGAGAGCUAGAUGAGAUCAAUUCCAAGCUGUUUGAUUUAAAACAAGUCAUUGACCACACGCAAAAUGUACUGAACAGCGAGCUGUUGUACGUGUGCCAGGACAUCUCUCAGUGGCAGGUUGAAAUAAAGAAGGAAAAGGCUAUUUAUAAUGCCUUGAAUCAAUUUAACUACGAUCAAACGAGAAGAUGCUUGAUUGGUGAAGGAUGGAUACCUAAACAUGAUUUACCUGCAGUGAAGAAUGCGCUGAGGGAUGUAACCGAGAGAUCCGGGAGUGACAUAAACUCAGUUGUGAACGAGUUGUACACCAAUCGUACCCCUCCCACUUUUCACAGAACUAACAAGUUCACAGCAGCUUUCCAGUCAAUCAUUGAUGCGUAUGGUAUCGCUACGUACCAAGAAGUUAAUCCAGGAUUGGCCAGUGUGGUAACUUUCCCUUUUCUGUUUGCAAUUAUGUUCGGUGAUGUGGGCCAUGGACUUCUGGUGUUCUUGGCUGCUUUAGUUUUGAUUUUGAAAGAGAAUAAAAUCGCCAAAAUGAAAAGGGAUGAAAUCUUUGAUAUGGCUUUUACUGGAAGAUAUAUUCUGAUUCUUAUGGGUGCAUUUUCUGUAUACACAGGUUUCAUUUACAAUGAUAUUUUUUCAAGAUCGUUGACUUUGUUCAAAUCUGGAUGGAAAUGGCCUUCUGAUUUUGAUGCGGGCCAAUCUGUGGAGGCAACUGAAAGAGGAACCUAUGCAUUCGGAAUAGACUACGCCUGGCACGGAACUGACAAUAAUCUAUUAUUCACCAACUCAUACAAAAUGAAAUUGUCCAUCUUGAUCGGUUUUUGUCACAUGUCCUAUUCAUUCUUCUUUUCACUGGUGAACUAUAGGUAUUUCAAGUCAAACGUUGACGUUAUCGGGAAUUUCAUUCCAGGAUUACUUUUCAUGCAAGGUAUUUUUGGAUAUCUCUCUCUCACUAUCGUCUAUAAAUGGUGUGUUGAUUGGGUUAAAAUAGGAAAGCCAGCUCCUGGUUUACUGAACAUGCUGAUAAACAUGUUUCUUUCACCAGGGACUGUUGAGGAGCAGCUUUACCCUGGACAAUCUGUCGUACAGAUUAUCCUUGUUUUGAUAGCAUUGGUGUGUGUUCCGUGGUUACUAUUAUACAAACCACUUGUUUUACGUCGGCGUAACAACCAGUCGAUCCAAUUAAGGUACUCCGACCUGUUUGAGCAUGAUCAUAUAAACCAACUUUCAGAUUCUGAAAAUUUGGAAGAUGACGAUUUUUUUGUCAUCCAGGAUAUUGACGACGAGCAAGAGCCAUUCAAUUUUGGUGACGUUAUGAUUCACCAAGUGAUUCAUACCAUCGAAUUUUGCCUAAAUUGUGUCUCACAUACAGCAUCUUAUCUGAGGCUGUGGGCCCUUUCCCUUGCACAUAACCAACUUUCGGCCGUUCUUUGGUCCAUGACGAUUGCCAAUUCGUUUGGAACUACAGGAUAUUCGGGCAUAUUCAUGACGUUCUUUCUAUUUGGCCUUUGGUUUAUUCUGACUGUGGCCAUUCUGGUUGUCAUGGAGGGAACCUCGGCGAUGUUACAUUCUCUGAGAUUACAUUGGGUUGAAGCCAUGUCUAAGUUCUUUGAAGGUGAGGGAUAUGCAUACAUGCCAUUUUCCUUUGUAGACUUGCUCAAAGAAAGCGACAACCAGUAA